GAUGACCAUGGUUUGGUUAAGAAGCUAAUUGAUCGAACAAUGCCUUGGUUGACACAACUCCGCCUGAGUUCGCUAGCGAAAAAGUAAGCUGGACGGUUUAUAUGUGUUAAGAGCAGAUUAUUAUAUUUGACAAUUAGAAUGUCUGAAGGUUUUAAACAUCUUCUCUCACAUGGAUUUGUUGACAUUAUAUUCUUAGUGGUUGUGACGCAAAAUGACCUUGACAUAUACCACAACAAUAACAUAGUUGAACUGCGAUCACAGGGAUGCAAUUCAAAGCUUUGGAUCGAAAAUAAUAGUACCAUGUUGAACACAUUUGUCAUGUUGUUUGAUUGACGGGCUUAAUGUUGUCAUAAUGGCAUGUUUUACGUACAUCUUGUCUGUCAACGAAAAUCACUGAAUUGAUGGAAAGUUCGCUUCUAUUUGAACGAUUUGGAGUUCUGUUUUUGUCGAGCGUCGAGCGUCGAGGGUCGAGAGUCUACGUCAACUCAACGAUUUGUAGUGUUCAGUCGACUCAAUAUAACAAGAGCUCUGUUUGAAAGCGAAGUUGGUUUUACUGAGAGGAAAGGCUACUGAGGUAGAAACGAAAACGUGGCUACAAGGAUGGGUCAGUUAAGUGCAGUCCUAAUCGGCUUCCUAGUUCUUCUAGUUUUCAACAUCGUCAAUUUACAAGGCUCCGUGAUUCGUAAAUCCUUUUAUGAUAGCGUGUUGGAAGGCGAUGAUACGAUUAUGGAUCAAAUCAGCAAAGUCAACGAAAUGACGAAUCACGUGGCAUAUGAAGCUGACAUUGUAUUAACCGAGCGAGACGAGUCGACUGUACAUGAGAGAAGAAAAAGAAGAAACGCUGUUAGAGAGAGAAAGAAGUUAUGGCCGAAAAGAGUGGUUCCAUAUGAAAUAUCACCAGGAAUGGAGGCGUAUGUAGACAACAUCUUGGCGGCCAUCAAGGAAUUCCAGAAGCAUACAUGCUUAACUUUCGUGCAGAAGACAAAAGAACGAAACUGGAUUAAAUUCACUAAAGAUCGAGGAUGUUGGUCGUACAUCGGUAGGAUCUACUGGCGCAAGGGGGAACAAAACUUAUCAUUAGGCACGCGUUGUAAUACCAAGGGCAUCAUUAUGCACGAGAUGAUGCACGCAGUGGGCUUCUGGCACGAGCAGAGCAGACCGGACAGGAACCAGUUUGUGGAAAUCCUUUGGGAAAAUAUACAAAAGGGAAUGGAAAGUCAGUUUAACAAGUACAAGCAUAACAAAGUAGAUAACCUUGGUUUUACCUACGACUACCAGAGCAUCAUGCACUACGGGAAGAAGACGUUCUCCAGAAAUGGCCUACCCACGAUACGAUCCCUGGACAAUCCCAGCAUGCGCCUGGGGAGUAAAGACGGCUUCAGUCCCAUGGAUAUUGAAAAGAUGAAUGCUCUUUAUGAAUGCUCACAACAAGAAUCAAAUGGCUGGAGUGACUGGAGUAUCUUCACGCCGUGCAACAACAGAUGUAUUAAGACAAGGCAACGAGUUUGUUUCUCUUCGGACCUCGAAGACUGUCCGGGUGCUUCGUCUAACAGAGUUAAAACUCAAAGACUGAAGUGUCCUCCGAAGGAAUGCUACACUCCUGUUGAUGGUCAGUGGGGUCGAUGGAGCGAGUGGGGAGCAUGUGACAAGACCUGCGGUUAUGGAGUACAAAAAAGAAAGCGAUCGUGCAACGAACCAAAACCAAAACAUGGCGGCAAAGAAUGCCGUGGUGCUGACACUCAGAAGCGCAUGUGCAACAUGCGGCCAUGCUCUGAUGGUAAUGACAAAUGCAACUUUGAAAAGGAUUUCUGUCACUGGGAGAACAUCUGGAGUACAACGUCAACGUUUCACUGGAGAAGGCAACGUGGACCAACACCGAGCCGAAACACGGGACCGAUGGCUGAUCACACUACAGGCAAAGGCUACUACGUUUAUCUUGAAACAAGCUGGCCAGCGAGACUUGGUUACACAUCAACCCUGUCUAGUAAAUGGCUAGAAGGUUCAGAGGCUCGUUGCCUAUCCUUCUGGUAUUCGAUGCACGGCCAAUCAGUAGGGUCUAUAAGAGUCUAUAUUACAGAUGAUUUAGAUGUUAGGAAGCUAUUAUGGUUGAGGUCUGGUCCACAAGGAUGGUCGUGGAGAAAAGCAUCUAUACAAAUCAAUUCGCAUUCUAGAUAUAAAAUAAUCUUCGAAGGAGUCCGCGGUAACGGCUACACAGGAGACGUAGCACUAGAUGACAUUGCAUUUGUCAAUGAAAAUUGUGAGCGACCAGACGCUCUCUACACACACAUCUAGCUACUAGAACAACAACUAUGACAUCAUACCUUGUGCGUGUUUUCUCUUUUGCUUUGGAUUCCAUCCCUUGGUUGAGAUUCGAUCUUGGUCUUUCAAAUGGCCAAACUUCGCCUGCCUUCGGUUAGUGCUCGUCUUUGAUCGACAAGUGCUCCGCUGCGAUCGACCAUUCCUCGUCUGGGAUCGAUCAGUGCUCGGCUGGGAUCGUUCAGUGCUCGCCUGGGAUCGUUCAGUGCUCGGCUGGGAUCGUCAGUCUUCGACGAUAAUUUGUCAAUAGCGACUUUGAUUUUUCAAUUGCGAAAUAACAGGCGCAUACGCAAUCAAUCAUUUAGCCUUCACGUGAUAAGUAAUAGUCGAACCACGUGACGUGAAGUAACUGGUCAGCAUUGAAGUCAAUUACAUGUACAUAAAAAUCAACUCAGUUUAAAAAAUCAUGCAACUGCAUUUUGAAUCACUGUUAAAAUCUUCGGAUUUGCAAAGUAUACUGAAAUUACAGUUUUAUAAGUUUUGGUAACAUACCAUUCCAUUGAGAAUGAACAUAUGAAAGAGCUAAAUUACAUUUGUUACGUUCUUUUGUCCUUCGCAAUACCUCCGGCUUGAGCUCGGCGCAUGUUCGGUAGAAGUUCGGCUACUUGAAAUUUUUGUUUGUUCUUAGAUGGAGGCUAGAAAUGCAAAUAAUUCUAAUUUUUGUGCAUUUUUGCACUUCGUUUUGAGAAUUCCGCUUUUCAUUACGUGAUAAUUCGCACCUAGUUACAGUUUCUUACAAAUGUUUAAACCAAAAUUAAUGCGUACAUAGUUGAUUAAUACUCUGCAAAUGCAGUGUGAAAAUUUCUAGAAAAUUUCUAAAACUUCUCACAGCAACAAAAGUGACGUCAUCAACUGAUUGUGUUGCCCCUAGCAACGUUAAAAUUUACCGUGCGAGUAGGAAGUAUACUGUAAUUAAACUCUCUUGUUAGUCUGCAGGUUCAUUUUCAUUACCGCUGUAGCACRUCAUUGGCUUUCCAAUGGUAUGCAUUUUUAUCCAAUCACUGCACGAAACAACGUCAUUAUACAAUAUUUUCCCGCUCAAACGAAAUUUUGUCGCGCGCCCCAAAGUAUUUUUUAUCUAGAACAGAAAUUAUUUUUGUAAUCUAUCACAGAUGAUAUAUUCUAAGUUUUUAUGUUAUUUUUCUAUUCUAUUGAGUAAUAUACAAAUAUUCCUUUUUCUUUUACUACCAAAUUUGAAUUCCCUUUAUAUCGUUAUUUCCAAAAUAUAUACAUUUA